AUGGCCGCUGCAGUGGCGUCUCCCCCGAAGCUGCCGUCUCAUGGGGGGGUGGCGUUGCUGGGGGGAUUGGGAUUGUCGGCGUCGGUGCCGGCGUUGUGGGACGAAGUCGUAGAGCUCACAAAGGGAGCGGCGGAGAAGGGAAUGGACGCCGUUGCCUGGGGCUCCCAACUGGCUUCCGCCUUGCACGCCGCCGGGGUGUCACUCCCUUCCCCGGGCCUCGCCCACGCCCUCGUCUCGUACGUCUGCUGGUCUGGUCACCAUGUCCCAGCCUCAUGGAAAUACGUCGAUUGGGCUCUCGCCUCCGGGCUCGCUCCUCCUGUUCUCGUUCUUGCCCACCUUUCUAUCAGGUCUGCAAAUUGUACACUCUGUCGUACGCAUGAAUAUCGCCACGGUGCUUCCUGUUUGCAUUUUGAAUAGACAAAGUGUCACUGUUCUGUCAUAUAACUAUUUUAUUGUCUUCAAGACUGCUCUUAAUCGUUUCAACUUUUUAUCUUAAAACAAGCGGAUUAAAUUCCAAAUGGUCUAGGAAGUUGUUUAACCUUGGUUGAAGACGCUAUUUCCGAGGGUUUCGCGCUCUCUAUUUCCUUUCUUUUCCGUUAAUGUUAAACAUACUCCAUUAAACUGUUUUUUGAAUGAUAUAUAUGUUACCGGUAUGGUUACUGGGUUUCGUUUUUCACGUUAACACUUUUGAAUCCUUGCUUUGUUUAGCGUGUACUAAACCUUAUUAUUCCAUCUCCUUUAUUCUUCAGGGUUCUGCCGUAUCGACGUUCAAGGCCGUCGGCAUAUAGACUUUACAUGGAACUCCUCAAGAGACACGUGUUUACAUUCGCUCCAGAAGUGAAUAAAGCUGGCUGGAAACAGUGAGAAUAAACUUCGCCACAUUCACCUUUUUGGCAAUAUUAUUACUAAGUCCUUCUGUUCUGCUCGAUUGCGUUGUUUAUUUCCUAAAGUCAUUUCUUGUUUAGCAGUAGCUUGUCCAGUGGAGCAAUUUUCCUGUAGCAAGGCUCUUAGUUGAUCUGGACUGUGAAGGAAUGUAGCAGUUCACAAAAUCAUAUCGUUUUACAUGGUAUCUCUGUCCUUGCUUGAAUGUGCACAUGCUAACUCAGUCUGCUCUGAUACUGAUUCUACACGGUCUUGUCCUAUGCAACUGUUUUGGUUUUAUGGACAGCACACCUACUUGGUCUCCAUCUAUUUAUCUUUUUUUGGACAUGCUGGCAGUCUUCACGAGGGGGAAAUAUACGCAGUUCCUAAUGGGCCAAAUCAUCUACAGACCCAGGCAAUGACCUGGAUGCUUGCAAUCUUAAGCCAUGUAGUCUUCACAUGCUAGCUGCCCAUGACUCAGCGUAAAAACUUUUAUUUCGGAAUAAGAAUGAAAUUUUUGGAUAUACCAGUGGACUACAUUGGGGGGAAAAUUUAAAAGUUUCUAAUUAUCCAAAUUAUUGUCAGAACUGGCAAAAGGCCUGGAGGCUUUCAAUUUUAAGACAUGAGGUCUUCAGAUGCCAUCUGCGUUUGACUGACUGUAAAAGCCUUCAUCUCGGAAUAGUAAUGAGGAGGAAAGGGCGGCCAAUAUCACCAUCAGCAUGGCUAGUUAUUUCUGUAGCCACCGCAAUCAGCGUCAGCCUGUUGCUGCGACCAACCUAUUGAAAGUAGCAGACCCAUGGGGUGAGGGAGACGAGGAAGCAAACAAACUUGUUAAUGAAGGGGCUUCCUUUUUCCCCUUCCAGCCUUUCUGAAGUUGACGCCUUUGUUAUUUCCUGUGUGGGAUGAUUUUUUGCUUACUUGUUCAUCUUGACUUGAGGUUCAAUGAUUCUGGUUCUCCAAAUGUGCAAGGGACAGCUGAGUAGUGUAGCUUAGGCUUUGAAAGGCUCAUUGGAGCUGACUCAGCAUGGGUCAAAACUGUUGUGGCUUCUAAAUUGAUAUGAGCCAGCUUGCCUGACUGGAAUUUGUUGACUAUAAUUGAGAUUGCAUUGUGAAUUAGAUUCCUUAGUGUCGAUCAAAAAUGAAGAUUUGAGUCUCGCUACAAUGUGGAAAAUAUAUAUUUUGCUUGAUUCCACUUCAAACCACUCAGCAAGCAUUUAGACUAACAUGCUAAUUUGUUUUUUCUGGACACUGUUCAGCUCAAUCAGAUCACAGCCCUAUGUGACUUUGAUGAAGUCCAAAUGACUGGUUGCCUCUUUCUUAACUAUGGAGAUAAACACUCUCCAUAGAGAAUUUUCCCCUUUUUGGGUUGCAUCAGGAAGGCUCACUGGAUCAUCUCAACCAUUUAUUUCAUGAAAGAAAACCUAAGUUGACUUCUUGUGCUUAUUUUUUUCCUGUCUAGACGGGCUCAUGAAUGAAUUCUUUUGGUCAAUUUACUUGUGUAACAGUCUCAUGGUUUUUGAAAUAUCUAUAGACUUGCUCUGGAUAUGGAAUCGUUUGACCAGAGAUGUGACUUAGAGAUCCUUAAGUCCUCUUAUAACUGAUUCAUAAAGCAUAGGAUUUUCUAUAUUUUCAAAGGUAUAAGUAUUUUUGACGUAGAUUAAGCUUGGUUAGAAUUUGGUGCUCCCACAAACAUACCAUCAAAGAUUGUCGGGCAUUCUACACAAAUCAGUUAUAAGACAUGCUUUGGCUAUGAGAUAGCUGAACUCUUGAGUUUUCAACCUAUUCCUGGAAUAACGGACCAGGGCUUGAUGAUGACAACGACAAUGAUUUUGAAACCAUUGUUAUUCAAGUGAUCUUUUUGCCUGUACAUUUUUAACUUGGCCAUCUACCAUGGUUUGUGAAGUUGGUUGAUAUUGAUUCGAAUCAGUUACUCGGGAUCAUAAUUGAGGAUUUGGUACCUCGUACAAGGGGAGAGAAACCUGCUCUCCUUGUAAAUUUAAAAUAUAAAACAAAAAUCAUUGUCAAGGAUUUUGGAGGAGGGUGGUUUUUUAUAGUGUUCCUUCAUAUGGUAGUAGGAAUGAAGAAGAGCCAAAUAAUUAGAAGAAACGAGAAAGAAAAAGAAGUGUAAGUUAAUACUGUGGCUAGGAGGUAAAGAUGAUGGAAAGGAAGUGCAAUACUGUAUAGAAAUUUAUAUAUGCCAAUAAAAUAUGUAAAGAUUCCAUAUAUAUGCAUUCAUUACUUUAAAAAUAUUUUUUAUGAUAUAUUUUUAAAAGCAUUUCCCUGUUACCUUUUCUUGUAAUGUCUCCUAGCUACUAGAUGGUCGGCCAUUAUGUUGAUUUCCUUUAAAACCUUUAUUUAGCUUUAUUACUGUUAAAAUAUUCUUUUUAAUGCAUUUGACUUUUUUUUACACCUAAGGCGGGCAAAAUGUGUGAGACAGUGAUUGGGGACGUUCUAGAAUGAUCUACAUAAUCAACUAAGUUGUUGCAAAGGAUCAGAAAGUUCAGCUAUUAAUUGAAUACCUUAUUGCUUCUCUGUGAACUAUUUAUUUGGACUAGAGUUCAGUGGCUAAGCCCAAAGUGAAGAAUCAACUCUCCACAAUAAUUGGGAACGGCAUGCUAGUACUAUGAACGACUUGGUGUCAAAUUGUGGAAAUAAUAAUAUCAAAUGAUCAUUCUCCUGCUUUACCAGACAUGUUGAGCUCUAUGUAUUCUUGUACAAGUGAAAAGGGGAUGGACUCUGCUUACCCAAGGCGGAAAGGAGUGGGUCCCUAGUCUAGCUUUAGUUAAGAUUCUUUUAAAAUUGUAUUCACAAUUUUCUACUUUGAAUACCACGUUAAGUUUGUCGCUGAACAAUUUAAUGGAUGGGACCAUGAAUUUUUCACAUCUAAUCAAUUACAAAUAAAGAUGGUCCUAUUUGUUAAGUACUAUGAGAUAUUCCAUCUCCAACAAUUGGAUAAUAUUUCUUACAACAGACUAUAAAUUCUAUAUUGAGUAAUUAUUUAAUCCUUGUCCAUGAUAGUUGUUAAACUCUGUAAUGUCAACUAGACAUGCUUUUCCAGUUGAUCAUAUUAAGUUUUUAAGCUAGAACACGAAGUAAACCACGUUGUUAGACAACCUAUUGCCAUUGAUAUUCUUAUUGUUAACUUACAAUUUUGGUGACUAUGAACAUGCCUCAGGCAUAUAUAACUAAAUAUUGUAUAUCCAUGCUCAUCUUUAUUGAAUAAGAUGUUUUAGCCAAUGAGAAAGGCUUCCUUGGUGAGGCAAGGACCUAUUAGGGAUGUUUGUCUACACAUCCAAACAUAUUGACCUCCUGACUUUGCUGUCUGGGCUCUGCCUCGAUGAUGCCUUGAAGACUGUGCGUUGUCUAUUGACAAUUUGUCUGAUCUCAGAUUUGAUCCCAUUCUGACAUCCUUGCCAUCUACUGCACGACUGUUUUAAUAGUACUUUCAGGCGGCGAUAAGCUUACAGUGUAUCAUUGUAUCAUUUACAGUGUAGUCAAGAUAUUCCUGAUCCAUGUCUUAUGCCACUGAUUGACAAGUGGAUGUGAUUUCUUUGUUUUGUUUUUUAAAAUUUUCUAGGGUAGAUUUCCUGCAUUUUGACUUAUUUCUUUAUAAAUUUUAUUGACAUCUUCUGUAACUAUGAGAGCUGAAAAUGCAAUUGCAGGAUUUUGUCGUCCGUGGAUGCGCUUCUUCAUCUUUCAGAGACAUUUGGUACCCAAGAUUGUGAACCAGGGGUGUUAUUAGUCGAAUUCGUUUUCUGUAUUUUGUGGCAGUUAGUUGAUGCUUCCUUGGAUGACGAAGGUUUGUUGGAAUUGACACCAGAAAAGAAAUCAUGGUGGCUAAAUAAGCCGCAGGGCAUGGACAUCGAUGGAGAAGAGACUUUUGACGAAAAGAGCGAAUUCUCUGAGAAAUUAUGGAAAGCAAACACCGUCAUGUCCAUUGAGCUUGUUGGGAUGCUACUGCAACAUAAGUUAAUAUCUGGGCUUCUUUGCUUGGCGCGCCAAAAUAUGUAUGAGCUUUGUUUACAUGUCUUACGAGGUCCUUUUAUUUUUGCUUUACACAACUAGCAUCAUGCUAAUUUGUGGUCUUCUGGCGUGUCUAUUGAUUGAUAUUUGCGAUAGGUGUAGCUUUUUUAUUAUCCUAAAGAUUGGGGACAUAGGAGAAAAUGCAUUUGGAUUUGACCAGAUCAGAUUAUUUCGAUACUAGCAGUUUUUGUUGUAUUUUGAUGAGUUUUACAAAAUAUUAUAUUUUAUACUACUGAGUUCGUCACUGCUUAAUUUGAGAAGUGUAACAUUUUUUUGUUAAUGUUUAUUUUAGAGGGAAUUUUCAGGAUAUGAAGAGCAUCUGCAGUUUCUUUCUAGUGUUUGGGCAUGUUUGUAGUUUUGUAUUUAUUGAGGAUUCUACACUUGGCGGUUUCCUACUCUGCUGGAUGAUGAUCCAGGAAUUUGAUUUUCAUUGAAUUCUCACAAAAUAUGAGAUCCAGUGGUAAAUAUAACAAUUACUAUUAGUCAGUAGCUUAUGCUUUCUUUGUAUUCUUGGGUUUAUUGUUUCUAUAGGACUUAGAAGUUUAUUUCAUUUCAGUGCACUGUUUUAUCAAGUGUUCUUUGUAAUUGAUGUGCUUACGUGGAAAGUGCCCUAACGUGGUUGUCAUUUAUAGCGUUUUUUUAAUAUGAUAAAGCUUCUGAUCAAUUAGUCCUAUUUAUACUAGGCCUUUGCAUUGGGGAAUUUUCGCACGCCGUCUGCAGUUGGUUGCUACAAAUUCAUUGGCGUUGAGGAAUUCAGCAGUGUCUCCUGACAAACUUUUGCAAUUAUCAUUACAUAGUCACAGGGAAUUGGGUCGAGCAAGUGAACCUAGUCAAUACCAGGAAUUUUGUGCUAUUACUUCUGGACCUCAUUCAUCUCUGGGUGGUCUUUGUCAUGGGGCCAGCCAUUCUUCUCUGUGGAUACCUUUGGAUAUUUAUCUAGAAGAUUGUGUUGAUGGUUCAGUUGCAGCAACCAAUGCCAUUGAAAUUAUAAGCGGUAAGGACGCUUUUAUCCUCCAUUUUUCAAGUGUGCUCUUAAUUCAUUAUCCCUUUUGUAUCUGACAUUCAGUGAAUGUAUAGAAUAUCAAUUCUCAAGAUACAGAAAUUUUCUACAGGUUUAGUAAAGGCUCUUCAAGCAAUUAAUAGGACCACCUGGCAUGAUGCUUUCUUAGGUCUCUGGGUGGCAGCUCUUCGGCUUGUCCAAAGGGUGUGAAUUUCUUUUAUCUAUUUUUCUAUCAUAUGUUUUCUUGUUUGAUAUGGAUUUGUAUUUGGGGUAUGCUUUUUACUUAAUAUUCUUUCUUGUUUUUUGUUCAUUGGUAUAGGAAAGGGAUCCCAUUGAAGGUCCGAUACCACAUAUAGAUACACGUUUGUGUUUGCUUCUGUCAAUAACAACACUAUCAGUUGCUGAUAUUAUUAGGGAGGAAGAGACAAACACAUCCGAGGAAAGUGGAAACGGUGCCAAUAAUCCAUGGAAAGAGAAACUCACUGCUGGGGAGCGCCGGAAGGCUUUAAUGUCCAGCAUACAAGUACUGGGGGAUUAUGAGACAUUGCUGGCUCCUCCAAAAUGUUCUAUUUCUGUAGCCAAUCAGGCUGCAGCAAAAGCGAUGCUAUUUAUUUCUGAGUUCAAUGUUUCUAGUGGUUACUUUGAAAGCAUUAGCACGAAUGAGAAGACAUUAGACUGCUGUAAGUGACUUGUCUACUUUAUUAUUAUUUUUUAGUUCGCUGCCCUUAUAUAUUUUAUUUUUUAUUAUUUAUAUUUACAGUGUUUUAGCAAUCUUGUGACUCUAAUAUGUUAUUUUUAGCUGGUAAUAUGCGACAUCUGAUUGUGGAGGCUUGUAUCGCACGAAAUCUGUUGGACACAUCUGCUUAUUUUUGGCCAGGCUAUGUGAAUGGUCGUAUCAGCCAGCUACCUCAUGCUAUGCCAGGCCAAGGUCCUGGAUGGUCAGCUUUAAUGAUGGGUGCCCCUCUAACCUCAUCAAUGAUAAAUGUAUUGGAGAACACUCCAGCUUCAAGGUAUGGCAGUACUUGACAUUUAUAAUUAAAAAUAUGCUGAGACAUUGACUUUAUUUCUUCAUUCAAUCAUGCGGCAUUACGUGUCAUCAGUUGUGAUUGCUGUUAUUGAUUUCUAAUGCCACAAAUCAACUAUCUUCGGAAAUUGUGAAUUGCUUUUGGCUUCAAAACAGGGAUUCAUUGUUGUCUGGUCUCUAGGUGCCUCUUGAUUCACUGGAUCUAGUGUGAUUGAAUUGCUAAAUUAUAUAUAUGUAUAUAUAUCCAUAUAUGUGUUAAAAAUGUUUCACUGAUACACGCAGAUGUGUUUGACCUGUAGGCCCUUUUUAGCUUGCGAACUUGGUGUGCAGUGCAUCCAGGUGAGAGGUCUCCUAAUGUAGACUCCUACAGAAAGGAUUGGUGGAGCGUAGUUUGGAAAGAUGUUUCUAGGAUUCGGGUCCUUCCCACUAACUUAGAGACGAAUUAGCUUGGGCCAUAAGGAUGCCGCUUGUCUCACAGCAAACUUGUGUUGAUCUAUGCAUUGGGUCCAGGACUUACAUUCCGUAGGUUUGCAGAUCAUCAUCAUGGCUUUUUCAACUUCUUGUCAAGUCAGAUCCCCAUGCCAUUCUUCUGGUAAACAUACAUAAAGAAAAAGAAACCAUCGAUUUGGGAAAUACAUUUGAAGUGUAGCUAUAAUGCAAGCUUUUCAGAACUACCACAAUGGCUUGUAUCCUUGUUCUAUUGAAAUUGAUUUCUAGUUUAAAAACUUCUGUAUGCCCUCUAUUUAUAUUACAUGACGCCUUUUUUUUACUUAUCUGUGAUAAGUAAACUGAAUUAAACUUAUGAAUUCAAUGUAAGUUUAGGAGAGCUCGAAAAGAUAUUUGAAAUUGCAUCCAAUGGAUCAGACGAUGACAGGAUUUCUGCUGCCACUAUCCUCUGUGGAGCCUCCCUUAUUCGAGGAUGGAAUUUUCAGGUAGCUGUUGUUUUGACUAAAAUUUCAGUGGUUUCCUCGGAUUAUCACUCAUGAUAAUUGAUCUAAUUGACUGUAAAAAUUGAACUCAUAAUCUUCUUAUCAUUUGCAGGAAUAUACUGUUCGUUUUGUCGUGAAGUUACUCUCACCCCCAAUUCCUGUUGAUUAUUCAGGGAUUGACAGCCAUUUAAUAAGUCAUGCUCCUGUACUGUUUGUCAUUCUCACUGGAAUAUCAUCUGUGGACUGUGUGCAAGUUUUCUCGUUUCAUGGUCUGGUAGGUUCUCUCUUAAUACUGUCUUCUGGGCGUGAUGCGAUCAAAUCCAAUACAGUUCUAUCACUGACAUGCUUGAAUGAUGUUGUUGCGUUCACAUUCAUUUUUUACCAGGUUCCAGAGCUUGCAGGAGCAUUGAUGGCUAUUUGUGAAGUUUUUGGGUCCUGUCUGCCAAGCAUUUCGCGGACUCUCUCAUCAGGAGAAGUUUCCACCCAUGCAGUAUUUUCAAAUGCAUUCAUUCUUCUUUUGAGAUUAUGGAAGUUCAAUCAUCCACCUCUAGAGUAUUGCAUUAUGGGAGAUGGUGCUCCUGUUGGGUCUCAAUUAACGCCAGAAUAUCUUUUAUUGCUUCGUAACUCUUAUGUAGUAGCUUCUAGUCAGGAGCAAAACAGCAGAAAGCAAGUGUUGCCAAAUACAACAGAUAUGAAUCCUAUCUUUGUUGACUCAUUUCCAAAGUUGAAGAUUUGGUACCGGCAGCAUCAAGCAUGUUUAGCUUCCACACUCUCUGGUUUAGUUCCCGGAACUCCAGUUCAUCACAACGUUGACAGUCUUUUGAGCAUGAUGUUCAGGAAGCUCAGUAGAGGUAACCAAUCUGUAGGGUCUGGUGCAUCUGGAAGUAGCAGCCUGAGCAAUUCUUCUAACCCUGGAAUUGAAGAUGCUUCUUUGAGACCCAAGUUAGCCGCAUGGGACAUCUUGGAAGCAGUCCCUUUUGUUGUUGAUGCUGCUCUAACAGCUUGUUCCCAUUCAAAGCUGUCGCCUCGUGAAUUGGCAACUGGUUAGUUCAUCUUAAAAUAUUCCUCUUCUUUGAUUAAUCCCACGAAGCUUGCUAUUUUUAUCUGCAUAAAUGUUUUGUAAUAACUUUGGUAGCCUAUUUUACUAAAUGUCUUGCAUUAUUGUAUUAGUUGUGGUAGAAUAAGAAUCCCAUUUCGUAAUGGUAAUCAAAUUGAACAGGAAGCAUAUUUCAUGUGAAGCAUAGAGAAAUUAUAAUAAGAUGUUUUAUGGAAUAUGAACUUCUUUUUGAGUUUCAGUUUGUAGUAUCGUGAUCAUUUCUAGCUUUUAUGUUUCAGGCCUCAAAGAUCUGGCUGAUUUCCUUCCUGCAUCAUUGGCUACAAUUGUAAGUUACUUCUCUGCAGAGGUGACGCGUGGAGUUUGGGAACCUGCUUUCAUGAAUGGCACAGAUUGGCCCAGUCCUGCUGCUAAUCUCUCGACUGUUGAAGACCACAUAAAAAAAAUUGUAGCUGCCACUGGUGUUGACGUUCCAAGCCUUGUCACAGGUGGCUUAUUGUUUUGUUUAGGUUUUCUUAUUGUAUGAAAUUAGAUCAGAUAAAAUAGUACAUUUUCAUUUCCUUCUAGUUCUCUCUCUUUAUUUCUUUAGUCUUUGAGUUUUUUUUUUGCAUUUAAAACAACAAAGAAGCACUCAGAUGUUAAUGUUUCUUGAUGUUUUAUAAAACGGCAAAAUUCCCUGAAUAAUCACAUCUUGCGUUGGUGACCCAUUGAUCUAUUUUGUUAAACAAUGGAAUCAUGGCUAGUUCUGUAAUUAGGAAUUCGUGAUUAUAGAGGUUGGAUAUAUCGUAAAGGAAUUCUGCAAUGCGCCCACGUAAAGAAAAGUAAAAACAGAAGUUGUGCAGUUUGCUUUCCCUUUUACUCCAGGAAAUGUAGGUAAGAGCCAUUUUUCUUCUUUUCUUAAUGAACGUUUAUUUUUUCUUGCACACUUAUCUAAAAAUAAACUAUUUUUCCUCCAAAACAUAACUUUUGUUGUCAUGAUAUUUUGGACAUGAGAAUGUAGCUAUGACAAUUGACUGCUUAAAUGGAAGUAUAAUUUUCAGUUGUCUGAGCUCAUUGUACAUAAAUUCGCCGAUGCACUGCCUUUUAGUUAGUGCAUUAAUGCUUAGUCCCUUUUCUACAUUACCAUCUUAGGCCUAACACACGCACCACAACGACCAAAGGCCAAUCAUUUUAGAGGACUUGAGCCAUUCUUGCUAUUUGGGUUUUUUAAUUCUUAUUGUUCAUUUGGAGAUCAAAGUGUUCCGUGCCAAAGCUUCCUCAAUAGUGAUUGCCAUUACCCCGAAUUAUCUCCGUGCUCUACUUUUAUCAUUUUAUAACAAAUGUUUCUCUCAGGAAUGAAGUAGCAACUGUCAUUUACGCAUAUCAUGUCGUCGCCAAAUUUUCUGGGUGUAUUUUAUUUUUUGUUGCUUGUCUCAUGCGUUUGGAACCACAAAUGCUGACGAAGAGCGAUUUAGUUACGUCUACUUUUCUCAAAAGGUUUUAUAGAGAAAGUCCCAAGUACAAUAUGUUUCCGGACCGAUCUUUGUGGAUUGCUUUGUAACAUUUGGCAGGUCUUUUCAUAGUAUAAACCUCUUCGUGUCUACUUAGUAAUAAUCUGUGAAUUUUUUGAGCAAGAGGUAUGAAUCCUGAAAGACUGGUGGCAAAGAGAAAGGGAACAUCCUGAUUUGUUUGACUUGGAUGGGCAAAGAUUUGACGUGCAACUGAACUAGGACAACAAAGACAUUGAUGCCAAACGAAGAGAUUACAAGUUUGUGGCGGUAGGUUAUUUUUUAUUUGGUGGGAAAGAAACUAGAAAUGAAAGAGUUACUCUUUGGAGACUAUAUUGAGCCAACUCCAGCGAUGUGGUUGUGAAGAUGGUGGAUGCAGAGUUCUCUUGGAGAAAUAAUUUUUCUUACCGAAUUGAGACUUGCUCAGGUAAAUUGGCGAAUAAAGAAAUUGUUACGGCUGAUACUAAUGGUAUUGUCGUGCCGAGUAUUAGCAGCUAUUGAGUAUUAGUGGUCUGCCUCUAGGGGCUCUGGAUCCCCUUUUUCGGGAUGUGGCAUGAUUGCUCUCUGGAAAUUUCGCUCAGCUCUUACUUCAGUUUUAUGCCAGAAAUGGUAUAAUCUACUCAAAAUCUUUUAUGGGUAAAAGAUUGCCUGUCUUUCUCCCCUCUGAUGGCCAUGGAAAGUGUUCCUAGCGCUUUCAGCUGUGGGUGAAGAGCAGAAGAUUUCCGCAGAAUUUCAUAAGCUUGGGAGACAUCAUACGCCAAAAUUUCAGAUUAACUGUUGAUUGCUCUCAAGGAAUGUAGGAUCAAGAAUAAUUAAGGACCCAUUUAAUCGGGCAGGAUUAAGCAUAAAACCGCCAUUUUUUUCAAAGCAUUUACUAGGAGUUGAGCUCUCUGUUGGGAUUUCUUCUGAAUUUUUUCCCUUUUUUAUCUCAUUUACUUUCCACCCUAGAAAAAAACUGUACUUCUGUCUGAUUAUCUUCUGACAAGUGUGCCUUGAUGACUACAGCAGGUAGCUCUCGAGCCAGGCUUCCACUCCCUUUGGCAGCAUUUGUGAGUCUUACAAUUACGUACAAACUCGACAGUGCUUCUGAGCGCUUCCUCAACUUGGCCGGCCCCGCCCUGGAGAACCUUGCAGCAAGCUGCCCUUGGCCAAGCAUGCCGAUUGUUGCUGCCCUCUGGACUCAGAAAGUGAAACGCUGGAGCGACUUCCUCAUAUUCUCUGCCUCCCGCACCGUCUUCCAUCACAACAACAAUGCGGUGGUUCAGCUUCUGAGGAGCUGCUUCAAUGCCACCCUCGGCCUCUCGGCUGCCCACAGCAGCGGCGGCGUCGGGAGCCUCCUCGGCCAUGGCUUCGGCUCCCACUUCUGCGGGGGGCUCUCUCCUGUUGCACCGGGGAUCCUCUACCUGCGCAUCUACCGAUGUAUCAAAGAUAUCUUGUUGCUGACCGGAGAGAUCCUCUCUCUUCUCAUGUCCUCGGUGAAGCUGAUAGCUGAUGCAGGUCUCCCUAGGGAGAAGCUCGACAAGCUGAAGAAGGGCAAGCACCGGAUGCAGUAUGGGCAGCCGUCGCUGGUAUCCAUUAUGACCCAGAUCAAGGUCGCGGCUUCCCUCGGCGCGACAUUUGCCUGGCUCUCGGGUGGCUCGGGAAUCGUCCAGUCUCUGUUCCAAGAGAUGCUGCCGUCCUGGUUUCUGUCGGUCCGGGAAGCGGACCGUGGUGGCGAGGGCGGCACGGCGGCGAUGUUCGAAGGCUAUGCGCUCGCCUACUUUGCAGUGCUCUGUGGAAUGUUUGGUUGGGGAAUUGGCUCCACCUCUGUGUCGAAGAGGCGCCCCAGGGUCCUCAGAGCUCACUUGGAGUUCCUGGCUAACGCCAUCGAUGGCAAGAUAUCUCUCGGCUGUGGCUGGGCAACGUGGCGCGCCUACGUCCUGGGUUUCCUGGGGCUUGUGGUGCAGUGCGCCCCCUGCUGGGUACUGGAAGCCAGCGUCGACGUGCUCAAGAGACUCAGCUCGGGGCUGCGGCAUUGGAAUGAGGACGAGCUCGCCUUCGCCCUCCUGGAGCGAGGGGGCGUCCCGGCGAUGGGUGCGGCGGCCGAUCUGCUUCUUGCAAGCCAAUGA